AUGGAGAUGUCAGGCUUCGUCCCUGAUGAUGUCGCAUUCAUUGGCGCCCUUUGUGCAUGCACUCAUGCAGGGCUGGUUGACCAGGGUCGCGAGAUCUUAGAUUCGAUGACCAGGCAGUAUGGCAUUAAGACAAAGCUCGAGCAUUAUGGGUGCAUGGUUGAUCUACUGGCACACAAUGGGCUACUCGAUGAGGCUCGAGAUCUGGUGGAGAGUAUGCCAAUGGAGCCCGAUGCUCUUGUCUGGGGAGCGCUGAUGGCUGGUUUCAAGGUUCAUAGAAAUGUUGAAUUGGCAGAGCAUGCUGUGAAACACUUGAUCCGACUAGAGCCAGAUUCUAGCGGGGUUUAUGUGCUUUUGGCCAAUGUAUAUGCUUCUUCAGGCAGGUGUGACGAUGCCAGGAAGGUGAGACUUCUGAUGAAGAAGAAGCAAGUGGAGAAGACCCCAGGAUGCAGCCUGGUGGAGAUAGGAGGGAGGAUUCACCAGUUUUUGGUUUGUGACAUUGCUCACCCCCGGAUAAAGGAUAUACUGCUCGAGUGGGACGAGAUCGAGAGCCGCAUAAGGCUGGAGGGCUAUGUGCCAGACAAGAAAGCAGUUUUGCUCAACAUCGACGAAGAGGAAAAAGAAGAUGCACUUGCUCGUCACAGUGAGAAGUUGGCAAUUGCCUUUGUGUUGCUUAGCACCGAGGAAGGCAUGCCAGUUCGUGUGGGGGUAGCUGUUCUUGCAAUGACUAUUGGUAGAAGCACUGUUGGUCUCAACUCUUCGAUUCUUGUGCUUAGAGACUGA